CCGUAGCCAAUAGUGGCUGUCGGAGUCGGAUGCCAAAGAUGCCGAGCUUGGAAGGAGAGACAAAAGCGUUAUAUGCAAUAAAGUCAGAUAGGAGUCAGUGGAAUUUCAGCUGAAUAAAGCACAUGUCUGCAAGAAUCCUGUGAUCCAGCUUGUUGCCUUUAGGGACGCUUGCGAGCUCUAGCAAGGGACUGCGGAAUGAAGAAUACGUGCAGUUCACUACUUGUCAAUGAAGCUUGCCUGACUGUGGUGUCACAGUACAAGAAACCAGUGAAUCUGUUCACCCAAUCAGCAGAGUGCUAUGAGUGCCCACUGGUUCAUCGUAUCAAGGUUCACCGCGAAGGAAAUGUUAGUAUUCCUGUGGACACCAAACACCCCGUUCUGUAUGAGCUGAGGGGUCAUGAUGGGAAUGUGCUUCCGAACUGCAGCUACGAGGAUCAUUUCGGUGAGAAAGGAUCAUACCUUUUGAAUAUAUCGUACGAUGGAACCUGUACAAGGGAAGUAACCCAGGAUCCGGUGAACAUCCACUACCCUCUGGGAAUAGCAGCAGCAGUAUUUGUAUUGCUCAUCAUCAUCUGGAGAUGUAUUCGGUUCCUUCGAAGGAGACACUUUUUCUUGAGGACACUGAGCAGCUAUUCCUUUGAAUCUCAGCAAGUCAUCUUGGGUCCUGCAACAAUUGGUGAUGCAGCAAGCCCUGUCCAGCAGGCGCCAUCUCCUGUCAGGAAACGGCUGCGCUCCCUGGAUACUUUGAGAGGGCUGUCCAUUGUAUUGAUGAUAUUUGUGAACUAUGGUGGAGGCAAGUACUGGUUCUUUCACCAUGCUCCCUGGAAUGGCCUCACAGUUGCCGACCUCGUCUUUCCAUGGUUCAUGUGGAUCAUGGGUACUUCUAUGGCUAUGUCUGUACGUUCACUGCUGCGUAAGGGUGUGACGAAACGUCGGAUCUUCCGGAAAAUCAUGAAGCGCUCCUUAAUUCUCUUUGGGCUUGGCUUAAUCCUCAACACUAUGGGCACUGAUGAUGUUGCUUUUGUUGUUUUUCUAGGGGACCUGCGUCAUAUAAGAAUACCAGGAGUCUUGCAGCGCUUUGGCAUUGCAUAUUUUGUCACUUGCUCAGUUCACCUCCUACGAGCAAAGCGCCAAGAUGAUGAUAGGGGUGGUGACAUCCUUCCUUACUGGCCUGAGUGGUUGGUGAUGGUGCCACUUCUUGCUCUCCAUGUAUGCCUUACCUUCCUGCUUCAUGUACCUGGCUGUGGCAGUGGCUAUCUUGGUCCCGGGGGCUUGGCAAGGAACGAAACGUUCUACAACUGCACCGGAGGAGCUGCAGGAUAUAUAGACAGGAUAAUCUUGUCAGAAAACCACCUGUACCAACAUAGUGAAGCUAAGAAAUUGUAUCAUUCCCCACUUCCUUAUGAUCCCGAGGGAAUCCUGGGGUGCCUGACUUCGAUAUUUUUGGUAUUUCUCGGUCUCCAGGCUGGCAAGAUCCUCAUCACAUACCCAAAUUGGAAGCCCAGAGUUGCACGAUGGUGUGCGUGGGGACUACUUUGUGGCAUUGCUGCUGGAUGGCUCUGUAACUUUUCAAAGGAAGACGGUUUGAUUCCUAUCAACAAAAACUUGUGGUCCGUCUCUUUCAUCCUUGCCAUGUCUGGGACUGCUUAUCUCCUCCUGAGUUUGCUGUAUAUAACAAUAGAUGUCGAACAGUGGUGGUCAGGUGCUCCUUUCUUCUAUCCUGGUAUGAACCCCAUUCUACUGUAUGUUGGCCACGAGCUUACGCAUGGUCUCUUCCCCUGGUUCUGGCUCUGCUCCGAAACACAUUACUGUUACCUAUUCAUGAACCUGUGGGCCACAAGCCUGUGGGUGAUAAUUGCCUUUGUACUGUAUCGUAAGGGUUUCUUCCUCUCAAUUUGAUCAACAUGUAAUUGAAGAGUAUUUAACUCUGUUGCAUCUUUUGAGAUUGGAUAUGCAACACCCAAUGUAGCCCCUACUGUAGGUUCCCUGGUACAGACUAGCAUGUCGACAGUGACCUCGUGGUUCAACAAAAUGCUGUAUGUAUGGCGAAGUAAGGGAUGUUGCCUGUAGCUAUAACCAAGGAAAGGGUGACAAUAAAGAUUUAGGUUGUGCGUAAUUUGAAGCUAAAUGCCUCUCUUGGUACUCAAGUCCAUACCGCUUCAACAUUCAUGUUAUCAACAUGUUGUCAACCAUGUUAUCAGCAUCAUGGCUAUCUUUCAACAGUGCUCGUCAUGCACAAGAGCUCAAUUACGAUGACAGUAGCCAGACCUGUUAUUGGGUGGCCACCAAACCAUACAGGCUGUUUUACCAUCAAGAUACUGAUGGCACAGUUCGGUAGGAGCACACGUACUUGUCUGAUAUGUUGCAUCACAAGCCAUCUCCAUGCACUCCUCCCACAAAACGUAUGCACCUGUGUACCAGGAAGGGCACUGAUUUUGAACGAUAGGCAAUUUCCCUAAUGGCCUAACAUUAGGGAAGUUGCCUAUUAUUCAAAAUGCAUAACUCUAUCUAAGAUGGCGUAAAGCAGGUUGUGUUAUCAGCUCUGUUGCAGUAAAAGAUAGAUAAUGGGCUACGUCUAGGAUUCAGACUUUUUGGGGUCUUCAUUUGGCAAAACUCUGAGGGGGGGGAGGGUGUUACUAGAGUUUCAAUUUCUAGAGAAUUUUGCAUUUUUGGAGGUUUCAAAGAAUUGAACUUCUGAAAAACUUCAAAUUUUCCCGAUAUUUAAAAGUCCGGUAAACACCCCACUGCCCGAGUCGAAACCUUAGCUCAGCAUACAGCUGUGUUAGCAAGGGGGCUGCAGAGUUGUGGUUGCUCAUACAAACAAUAUCAGUUCCCUCAUGGUUUUAGGUCAACCUGGACCUCUUGGCAUCCUUUUAAGAUACACUGGAAAGGUAGACCUACUUUUGAAUCGAUUUUGCAUUCACAGUUAGUUAACACUGAGUUAUAGUAUAGUCAGUAAUAGGCACUGCUCCUAAAAAGAGCAAUGCCCUUCGUAGAGUUGGCAUCUCUAGACUAUCAGAUAAUAGUAUAAUACGAAGUAUGUGCCAUAGGUUGUGACAGCAAAACAGCAAAAUCUCUGUUGCUGUUAAUCAAUGAGCGUCACGAAAAUAAGUGUAAUAAAGGAGCAGAGCGACUGCUUAGAUUCUACAUUCCAUUUAUUGUACAGACAUACUGGUUAUGGGUAAGAUGUGUGCUUUCUGAUUUAUUACGUCUAUGCAGCAUUUACUCAGUGAGCCUAGCCCUUUGGCUGUGAACAAAUGAGUCUUUAAAUGCACAAUGAGCAAAUCAACUUACGGCUUGGUAUUACUCAUUCCUCUGUGUUUUGCAGUGGUCGAGUGCUCCAUACUCUAUACUCUUGUGUAAAAUGUGCUGCAUAUGGCGAUAUACAUAAGUUUUCUGUUAGGUUAUCUAAGUUUUGUGACACAAAGAUUCUACCUGGAUUCGGUGGUGUUGCUUCAUGUCUAUGUUGUGAGUGUUCUGCUAAUUCUGCAUCGUGAAUAUAUAGAAAAAAAUGGACAGCAGAAUAGCCUAGGUCUGAGCCAGCGUUUUGAAAGACAUCUUUGCCAUUUUGUACCCAUAACUUUCAGUACGUUAUGACUCUGAGUACCAUGUUGCUUCAUCGUCUCCAUUAUGGGUUUGUAUUUGUUUUUUUUGUUUUUUUUCAAUCUAACUAUAAAAAAGUUAUUGUAUGCAUCAUGCACUAACAUACUGAAGCCAUAUCUGUACGCCUCAAAGUAUUGCUACACAUUUAUGUACUCACUGAUAGUUUACUUUUUUCUGUUUCUACACUGUACUCUUUUUCACUGACAUUAGGCAAGACUUUGUAAGUGAAUAUUGACAAUAUAUCUGAGAGAUUUGAUUCCUAA